CUACAAUUUCUGCAAGAUUCACCCUAUAUGUCAUCUAUUAUUGAAUGCAUAGUCAAGGAUGAGCCCGAGCAAACAUCAUCAGGAAGUUAUUAUUUUAGCUUAAAUGUUUAACGGACUAUAGAGGGCAAUUUCAGACAGAUGAAUGACUUACAACAAAUUGCGCGCAAAUUAAAUCAUAAUAUAAAAGAUAUAGAAAUCUAAUGAAGCUGCAAGGUCGACAGUCAACUAUCGAACCUCAAUUAUAUGAGACUCGAACCUGAUUUCUGCCAUGCACGCUGUAGAGAGAAGGGCGGUUUAUAACAGGUAGGCGCUGGAACCCCCCUAUACGCCAAGACGCUAUCAGCUGUGGUUGUUACGUUAUUCGUGAUGCGAUAGUUACGUAUAGUUUAAUAUAGUAGGCAAUAUUAGUUUUCUAUAUACACACAAGAGGUGAAGAUACCUUUACAAGUUUAUCAGUAUGACAGUAUGGAAACAAUAGUCGGCGCUGACACGUAAUCUCAUUCACGAGUUGUCACAAAGAACAACAAGCUUUAUACAAUGUAAUCCAAGCAAAUUCCAAAGAAUGAACCAGUAGCUAGUGAAACUGGUGUUGUACAGUGAUACUACGGAACUCCAGAUGACAAUUUGAAAAUAAAAUAUGUGAGUAAAAUGGGUUGCCUCUCCAGCAAAUCAACGGAACCGGCAAACUCAUCGAAUCGUGUGGGAAAUCAUGUAUCGCAGGGUAGCAGGCAAAAACGAAUUUCAGGUGAUAGUGGUAUCAGUUUAGAAACGGAAGAAAUAGUGAAGUCUGCAGACGAGGAACAAAUCGCAAAUCAUAUCAUACCAAAGAAAGGCAUUUCGUUCAAUAUACCAACAUCGUCAAAAAGUAUUAUAAGAAGCCAUCCACCGAAGCGUUUAACGUCACGACUGGAAGUAUCAAAAAAUACAAAAUCAACGCUAGAGCCUUUUGGCUCAAAUUUAAACAGGAAUGAACAGAUUAGGCAGCUUGUAUUGAAGCAAGUUCAAGCUGAAAAACUUCGUGAGCAGGAACGUCAUUCCAUAGUAGCUCGGCAAAAACGAAGAGAAGACCGUGCUCACAAAGUACAAGAACGGAAGAAAAAAAUGAUGGAAAAGGAGACAGAAAUUUGGGGAGACGACGACUUAAGCGAAAUAGAAGAUGACUUGAAUUUUAAUACUAAUGAAGGUAAAUAUAUAUCUGCGAUGAUUCCAGUUCAUGUGAUAUGUGUUCAAUCAGAAGCCCGGCUCGCAGAUCUUAAAAAACUAAUUUUAUUGGUAGUUCCUUGUAGUAUAGCCCACAAACAUACAGAACUGCUAUGUUGAAGGGUCAAUCAGGGUUGCGAUAUUAUAACACAAUAGAAUGCUAUCGUGUUGUAUAUGAUUUGAUACGAAUUAAUGACGUAAAAAUUGCUAUUUUGUAGGGUCAAUCAGGAUUGUGAUAUGAGAUAAUGGAGUGCUAUCACGUUGUAUAUAUGACUUAAUACGAAUAAAUGACGUAAGGUU